AUGUCUGACCAUCCGUCCCCCCGAGCAGCCAUGUCCAGGUCCAGAUAUGCCUCCCCACCUGUACCUCUGGACCUUGAUUCCGCCGGCUGGCCUAUCUCCCCUGCCGUGCCUAGAAUUCUACGUCUCGCUGCAGACGAAGAUCGUCGUAUGAAUUCGCUCCGCCGCUUCGACCGCGAUGGUCCCCCGCCUUACGUAUCGUCGACGGAGUCGUUCUUUAGCGAGAGUGGCUUUUUCCCACCCCCCCUAGGCCGCACCAUGCCGGAAGAGCUAGUAGCCAUCAUGGAGCCCCCCCUGGACGACAAAGAACUAAACGUUGCCGCCGAAUAUUUAUGCAGCGCACUGCGGCCCGACAACCGGUAUUACUCGGAUGCAAAGAGCGAGGAUAGGCGGCUCCGUGCUCAUCAUCGCUCGGCCACGGAUAUUUUUAAGGGGGUGAAUGGUGGUCACCGAACCGGUGUCAUCGUUCGGCACAACGUGAAGCGUCGCUGGGAAAAACUGGGCGUCUGGAAUCCUCAGUGGGGGUUUGCCGGACGCGGGGUGCAACCCGCUGACGAUUUCCGUAAAUGGGCCUGGCAAUGGCUGUCCGACUGGGUGGUAGACGACGAGGACCGCGCAUAUAGGCAUAGGUUUGAUGCCAUUAUCAGUGCCCUGCGACUACGCCAGAACCUGCGACGAGGCGAGUAUGCCCCUGUGGCUCCUCACUCGCACCUUGGGCCGGAUGCCACGCCUACCCAGGCCGACGCCUUUCUCCUCUCUAGGCCCUGGUUCGUCUUUCAGAUGGAAGUAGCCGAAGAACGGGAAAGGUACCAGCGCCUCUCCCAAAGGGAUCAAAGGCGCUAUCCAUAUUCACCCUCCGACGAAGUCCAAAAGCGUUGGGAGGAACGUGGCCACUGGAGGGACGCGUAUAACCGGACCCAAGAGGUCACCGCUUGGAAAUGGCAGCACGAAUCUCCGUCCCCAGAACCCGAAGACCUGGGGCCUAUCGAUCACAUGAAAGCCUGCCCGCUGGACGCGGCAGCCGCUAUGCAGUUUACUCCCUCUGAGGUCGACGACCUAGAGACGAUUGAGCUCCCGGAAUCCGAGCAGCCCGAAGGAUUCUGGGCUAUAAAAGAAGAUGACCAGCCGCCGUACUUCCCUGGGCAGAUCGGGAACCCGGUGGCAACGCUGGAGGCUAUGGAUAACCGCUUUGCGGAAACUGAAGCUAUGAUCAAGGGCCAGUAUGAACAGCAGGAAAAGAAGGCAUUGCUGGAGGAGCACAACGCGCCGGAGCCGGAACCAAAACCCCUCGGCCCCCCACCGAAGCGACGACGCUUGCGCCAGCACCGACCGUCGGAUGACGUGGACGAGGCGCACGACCGCGGCGGCCAGUCCCUGCCGCCACCGGCCCGACGCAGCGCCAGGAUCGCAGGCAUGAAACGUCCCGCCGAGCCCCAACCGCUGCCAGCGGCGCCGAACAAGAGGCCUAGGCCUAGGCCUAGGGGCAGCGCAGCGCCUGCCGCCCACCCUGCCUCACGAGGGGCGCGUCGUGCCGCGACAAGCUCCGGCCCCGCGCCGGCCCCGCUAGAAAGGGAAGGGGAAACUCGGCCGAGGCUAAGAUCGGGGCGCCCAGGGGACGGGCCGGGCGCCGCCGGGGUGGGAAAGAAGAAGAAUAAGAAGAAGACAAGAGGGGCGAUCUCUCCCUACUCCUCCCUCGGUGUCGCCUGGACUUCUCUAGCAGCUUCGGUCUGCUAG